AACAAAUUGUCACUAAUGUCAUUGAAUGUUUUUAUCUUAAAAAUGCGAUACACUUUAUUUAUUUAAUAAUGUGAUUCAUUUGUGUCGAAAAUGCAACCAAAUCCGAUAAACUCGAUUUGUUUUCUACUGCUAGCAGUAUUCAGCGUAGAAUGCAGCGAUAUAACAAAGUUGGCUUUAGCUGGUGUAACGGAAGACUUACCAGCAGCCUUCGGGGACUUCAAUUCUGACGAGCUAACGGACGUGUUUGUGCUCAACGAUGACGGCUAUUCCGUGGAAAUACUCCUCGCCAACGAGGAGGAGCCGCUGCUGAGGAAAUCUCCGAAUUUGAAAUGUUCAUACAGAAAACAUGAACACACGAUUACAAGUGUGGUGCCUGGAGAUUUCGAUGGUGAUGCUUUGAUGGAUGUUCUCGUUACAGCUGUUUAUAAACCUACGGGCGAAAGGAAUUAUAGUAUAGAUAGCAGAAUAACGUAUGUAUAUGUUAAUUGGGGUGGAGCUAGAUAUUUAAACUGCACGUACGAACCUUUGGUUAAAAUGCUAGGAGAACCGUUAGCUAUAGAUUACGAUCAGAACAUGAUUAUAGAUCUGUUUGGAGAAAAUACACACGAAAGACGAGCGUUUUGGGUAUUUAACAAAAACAGAACUAAACCUACUGAAAUAGAAAUGAGACACAAUAAAAGACCUAUGACGAAUUUAAGGAGACCACAUGCACAUGCAUUUUUAGAUUUAAAUCACGAUUAUAUGGCGGAUCUAUUUAUUACUACAAACGACAACUUUGAAAUCUGGCAUGGAAAUGAAGAGGCAGAUCUAUUAUCGCCACAUUUUGUGUACAAUAUGACGAUUCCCCUUCCUUUAAACGGCACCGACGCAGUUAUUGGUCAGUCCCUUUUUAUUGACGUUGAAUUGAAAGGAAAAGUUGAUUUAGUAACGCCCGUUUGUUACGAUAAAGAGUGCAAAAACAGUGCUUUGAUGUUGUAUUCGAUGGCAGAAAAACAGUGGAUGAAUUUGCAAGUGAAUUUUAAAGACGACCUCACGAACGUAUGGAAAUUUUACCAAAAAAACGGCAGCAAGUACACCGAUGUAAUCACUUUGAGAAGCGGCGAUUUCAACUUAGAUGGUUUUCCUGACCUCCUAGCAACUUUAUCGCCUAUCCAAGGCAGUAAUGCGCUGCCGCAGUCUUUCUUAUUAGAAAAUGUACCGUGUCAAACGUGCGGCGCCCUCAAACGCACUUACUCAGUACAGUGGAAUUCGUUAAACCCGUUCAGAAAUGGGACGGUGAUGGCCUCGUUUUUUGACUUCUAUCAAGACGGUAUAUUAGACUGCAUCAUAGUUACUUUCAAUGGUCACCAGUACAGAACAGCUGCUUUCAAAAACAGCUUAGAUUACGAUGCCAAUUUCAUAAAAGUCAUGGUGUUGACUGGUUUAACUAAUAAGAACGAUCCAAUGGCGAACGGACGAGUCGGGAAAAAGAGAAGGACUUACGGAACCAAUUUACCGGGUCCUUCGAUUUCGUAUAAAACCAUAACGCAAGAGGGUAAUAUAAGACAUGGGCUUUCCUGCCAAUUACCCCAAUCUGCACACUUUAGCUUGAAUCUACCAUAUACUAUAUUUGGGUUAGGUCGGACACCGAAUUUUGUAGAUAAAGUUACCGUUGGUCUAUCAAAUCAUUCCAAAUCGUGGACGCAGAUUAUACCAAAUUCGCAAAUGGUUGUGAUUCCUUGGCCUCCGAACGAGCCUUCUAGAUGGAAAGCACAGUUGUUUGUGACUCCCAGUAAACUGAUCCUCAUGUCAGUUGCUGCUCUCACCACAGUCUGUGGUUUAAUUACUGUGAUAAUUGGAGUUUUGCAUUGGAAGGAGAGGCAGGAAGAUAAAAAGGAGAGGUUGUCCGAGUCUCAUCGAUUCCACUUUGAUGCAAUGUGAUGUUUUGAUUUUUAAAAAUAACACGUUAGGAGUAAUUCAUACAAAGUUAAUACAAUUUAUAAGUAUUUUUUGAAGGUAUUGUUUUAGUAGUGGUAUUUUUUAAAUUUCUAUGAAUAUGAAAAUGUAAGUCCAAUUUAAAGCAUGGAUAAACAUUUUUAUGUUCGUACAAAUGAAAUGAAUUCAUACGUAAGUUUACUGCUAUCGAAGCAGUGCCUUCAUUUGUUGCUUUUGUUAACCAGACAAUGUAGAUAUUGUUAAUUAAUCUCAUUUUAUUUAAACGAAAUAA